AUGUUGUCUCAACACAGCCCAGCUGUAAUCAAACUUGUCUCUCCUCCUUUCCAGGCUCCAACUCUCUCCUCCUCUUCCAUCUUCCCUCCGCCACGCUUUCUCACCACCCUGGCGUUGUCCUUUCUCCUCCCGGCCUACACCAUCGUGCAUUUCUCCUUCGAAGCGACCAUCGAGCGAGCCCAAACCCGAAUCCGCGCUUUCCCACGGCCAAACUUGUCGCUACUUGCCCCGAAUACCGUUGCAGCCGCCACCGAUACCCUGCCCGUAUCACGAAGGAGCUUGCGCCCGAUCAGCACAACUCUUCGGACCCAGGUGGGUAGCCGUUAUCACGCUGUCGGAAUGGGGGGGACCAGCACAUCGGCUGAGAUCUUCAAGGCCGUGGAUGUGGACAAUGCGCGGUUCCUGGCUGUUCGGAUUGCGGCAAGGAGGAAUAACGGGUUCAGCCGCCACGCGCUGGAAGUCGCAGCGGCGAUGGUCGACACACUUUGCGAAUUGAACCAUGACCACAUCGUCAGCGUGGUUGGGCUCGACCAUGUUCAAGGCCCGAGCGGCGCGGAAGUCAGGCUGCUGAGUGAGCUCGGCCAAACCAACGUGCAGCUUCUUGUCCAACAGAUGUCGGUGGAUGAUGUCCGAAAGCGCGUUGCACUCCCUUUGCUCCGUGACAUGCUGCAGGCGUUGGAUUACCUGGCAGCCAAGUCCAUCGUCCACCGAGACGUGACGCCCCCGAGCAUUGAGUGCCUGUGCCACCCGACCACCGGUGAGCUGACUUUCAGGCUCAGUGACUUCCGCAUGCACGUGUCCUGCGAAUUAUAUCGGAUGCAGUUAUUCUCGGCUCCAGAAUACUUCCGAGGUGCCUCCGCUUCAACAGCAUCAGAUGUUUGGUCGCUGUUUGUGACUUUGCUGUGGGCCAUCAACGCCGAUAACAUUAGGUCACUAGGCGAUGAUGGGGUGAUAGUGUUCAUUCAGACCGUGCUCCAAAUCAGUCGGGCAAGCCAAUGGGCCGGUGCUUUCCGUGAAAUGCGCAGGGAGGACCCGACCGAACGCGCAUCUGCCGCCCAGAUGCUGGUGAAGCUUUUUGGAGGCCAAGGCGUCAGCACCCCGCUGGGUGUGAUUCCUCCGCUUGCUUCAACCUCCUAG